AUGUCAACUCUUAAAAGAUGUCAUUUUACAAAUCUAAACAAUGGGUAUAAGUGUGGCUGCUUAAGGUGUAUUCUAAAAAGUGCACCUGACGAUGACGGUUUAUGCAAAGGAUGUGGACAUCACCAAAGCCAUCAUGAAGAUGAUGACGAUAUUUUACAGAGUUUAAAUAAUCUUCAAAAAUUUAAUGAAGCAUUAAUUUCCAUAUUAAAUAAUAAGUACAGUCAAUAUAAUCAAUAUAGGGUACCUAUUCCUGUCCAACAAAACUUUGAAAAUUGGUUUGAGCCUCAAGUAACUCUUCAUUCGGACGAGACCAUGCAUCAAAAUACUCCUGUUCGUCACACAGAUCAGCAAACUAGUCAUCUUGUUGUUCAACAACAUAUUGAACCUCAAAAUCAAUCUCAUAACGUGCUAAAUCAAUCUCCUACACAUAUUUUUGAACAAAAUUCUGUCUCUCAAUCUCUUCCGGUCAAUUAUAUAUCAAAUCAAAUACUAAAUCCAAUGCUUUCUGGUCAAAAUUUUGAUCAAAGUUACGUAAAUCAUAAUAUCGAAGGAUCAUCAAAUAACGUCGCAUCUUUUGCAAACGAGAAGUUUGGUCUAAUUUGUUUAGUUGGUAGUUUAAAAAUACCAAAAAAUUGUGCGAGAUUGGAGAAAGCUGGUUUAAAGAAAGAAAUUUGCUUUAAUAAUGAUUCUAAUGGCCAAAUAAAGAAAGCAAUUGAAGAUAAACUAUCACCUCAUUUAGAAAAUGUAGAUUGGAUGUUUUAUAAAUGUAAAUCAUCAAAACUUGUACCCGCUGAAGAUGUAUCAGUUGUUGAAUGUCGUUAUAAUGAUUUAAAAAGGAUUUCAGGCAGCAGGAAAAAGUUGUAUAUAGGAACAAAAGAUGGGCCAAUUAUUAUGACUUUAACAAAUAAUUUUGAAAUUUAA